AUGUCUGAUAAUGCCACUGGAAAUAUUUUUUGGUGGGCAACAGUAGCCAGCAUCCCUACUGAUGAGGGACAAACUAGUGAUAACGAUAAGUUGUGUGAUCCAAUGAAGCUUGUACGUGAAUCUAUCAAAGGAUUUGACAAUGAGUGUGAAGACAUUGCAGGGAGGAGGGAUUUGGAGCCAUUUCUGAGUUCUUCGAUCGGCAGCAAGAGGUUGCGCAUGCAUUCUUUAGAAGUGGAAACAUAUGCAUUCACCAGCUGGACUAAGAUUCUUAAUGAAGUUCAUUUUGGAUGGGGAAGGCCGUGUUGGAUUGGGGUCAUGGGGAAAGUUGGACCAACAUUUAGGAAUCUCACAGUGUUCCUUGAAACACAAUGGGGUAAGGGCAUUGAAGCAUGGGUUACCUCGGAGGAAAAGCAAAUAGUUAUAAUGGAAAAGGAACCUCAGUUUUUAGCAUUUGCGUCUCCAAACCUACACAUUUUAAGCAUGUAA